UAGAGCUGCCAGCGGUAAUACCCCGGGUUCUGCGCUGUCGUAUUGUCAUGGAGCACAGAAGACACAGGGAGGUAUGACUUCAUUAGAACCCCGAUGCUAGCGUCUCCCGUUGUAUCCGUUAUUCCGUUUUACGCCGCCGCUCAUAUCAGGUCUGCUCUGCUAUACCGGGUCGACAUCCUGCCAUGUUCGCUUCAUUCCUCCUCGCACCCUGAGCUCUCUGAAGGAAAGAAUGGCACACGUGGACGAGGUCAUUGUACUAGAUGAUGAAAACGAUGAAGAGCAAGUGAAGCCGCAUUCUCCUCCGAGUCCACCGCCUUCUCAGAGUAACGGGAAGGAUGUGGCAGAAAGUGAGAAGAAGAGUCAAAUACUCAAAGUGCAGAAUAAUCAGCUGUUCGAGGAGUUUGUGGACUAUUGUUCCGGCCUCACUGCAGAGCAUCCAGAGGUGAUAUCUUUCCUCAAGGGGAAAUAUUCCCGAGCCAACCCUUCAUUCCUGUCUUCUACUGAAUUUUGCAAUGUCUUGGGUCGGUGUCUCACCAGGGUACAAAACAAACGCUCUAAAGUCUUUGUUUACAUCAAUGAGCUAUGUACAGCGCUAAAAGCCCAUACGCAAAAGCGCAAGGUCUCCCUACAGCCGUCCUCGAGUUUACAGCCAUGGAAAGAAGACUGUGAGAAAAAGAAAGAAGUGGAGGAGAAGGAGGAGGAAGAGGACGGUGGAGACAAUGGAGCGAAAACGGGAUCCAAGCGCCAGAUUCGUUACCUGGAGAAUCUGCUGAGGCUUUACUCCCGAGAGAUUCAGAAGCUUCAAGAAAAGGAGCUGACCCUGGAGGAAUUGGAGGAUGAGGACUCUGCCUACAUUCAAGAGUCCCGACUUAAACGCAAGAUUCUGCGUAUUUUCCAGAAGCUCUGUGAGUUAAAAGACUGCAGCAGUCUCACCGGCCGCGUAAUAGAGCAAAAGAUACCUUAUCACGGAACCCGGUACCCAGAGGUCAACCGUAGGCUGGAAAAAUUCAUCAAUGGAUCUCACGAUGUUUUCCCCGAUUACGGGGACGUGCUCAGAGUGAUCCAGAAAGCUAGCGAGAAGCAUGGACUUGGGAUAUCCCGCAAGAAAAUGCAGGGGAUGGCUCAGGAUGCUUUCAGAGAACUCGGGAAUAGAUUGCAGGAGAGGAGGCACCUAGAUUUGGUGUACAAUUUUGGGUGUCACUUAACAGACUCCUACAAGCCUGGUAAUGACCCCGCCAAUCAGGACUCUUCCUUGCAAAGGCGUCUCCGUGAGAACCGCAGCGUAGCCCUGACACGUUUAGAUGACAUCAUCAAGAAGUAUGCGGUGAUGCAGGACGAAGGAGAGGAAGACGAGAGUAACAGGAGCAAGAAGGAAAACGAAUCUCCAAGCAGCUCCAGAGCGGAAGAGUCAAGCAGUAGACACGCUGAAUCUCCUCCAUCCAGGGAAUCUGCAGAAGAGGAAGAGACAGAAGAAGAAGAUGAUGAAGAAUCUGAAACUGACAUUGAGGACGACCUUAAGCGUUCUCAGGAGGUGUCGGGAGAGGAGGGAGAUGAGGAGGAAGAGGAGCAGCCCGCAGACCCAGACAAUGAAGAUGACCAGAGGAUGGACAUCCCGGAUUCUCAGCCCCCUUCUUCAAACGAUAAUCGCUUAAAUGAGGAGGGAGAAGAACCUCCCGGGGAAUGUUCUACGCCAACAUCUUCUGCGCCUGCAGUUCAAGAGGAGGCCCCCGUUACAAAAGCGAAUCUAGAAGCUGAAUGUCCUUCGGAUCCUUCCAUAGAAGAAGCCACUUCUACUUCCAGACGAGGCGAAGAGCAAGAAGAACUUUAUAAAGCAGACGCUAGUUCUGCCGAUACCAGCCAGAGUGAUAAAAAAAUUAUACUUCAAAUGGAAAACCACUCUCCGGGGGGCUUAACGCUUAAAGGGGUGACAAGCGUGAAGAUAAAGGUGCAGAAGGACAAUCCCGUCAAUGUAAAUGAAUGCGGCGCGCCUGCUGGCAUGGAAAGUGACAAAACCAGUGAUACCAAUGUGCUGCCCAUGAAGAAGGUGAAAAGCUGCUCUGCAAGCGCUGAACUAUGCAGGAGUAAAAGCAAAAUGGACAACGCUGCGGACCCCGGAACGGAUUUCUCCCCCGUGCGUUCAGGUAACAAAAGAACUUCUCUACUAAAACACAAGUCACUAGGCGUGACGGAAAAAGGGUCUUCUCCCUCUACAAAUAUUAUGUCGCGUCAGACAGAGAACGAAUCUACUUCUGACGUGGAUACAGACGACUUUGUCAUCGGGAAACCCUCUGUCAAAAGACGGCUGAAGGCCGACCGUCCGCAAAAUGUAGACAACGGUGUGGGAAACGUCAUGAAGAACACGGAGGUUCCGCACACUGGCAACAGCAAUGGCAUUGUUCACGUGAUCACAGAAAGGAGGAAAAGCACAUCUCGGAGUACCAAAGACAAUGCUGCGGAUGGCCACUCGGGCUCCGCCAAAUGUGGAAGGACCAAGGAACCCAGCCCUCCUCCCAGGAAGAGGAAAAAGAGUCCCUCGCUAGAGAAUGGGAAAAGGACCAUGAAUGGAGGUGGAGAGAUGGAGAGCAGGUGCAAGAAAGCACGGAGUGACUGUUCCAACACAAGCCUUCCUGCUUCUCCUGACCCAGAUGAUGAGCGUGAGGACCCUGAUAUUACGCUGGACCUGGAGGUGACCUGCAUUCCUCUAUCCACCCCAACCAAGCAAAUCCUCAAGUCUAAUGCCUCCACGCAGUGUGAUCCGGAUGAAGUGAUUGUUCUCUCGGAUUGAACGGGAUGAAUGCCAGCAGCGUGGCUCGUUUCUGGACAGGGGAUGCAUUAGAAGCCAUGCCUAGCGGCCACCAUCUGAUGGGGGAAGGAUUGCGCAACGCCUUGCGGUGGCUUCUUUCGGAUCGCGGUAACCGGUCCGGUGCCAUUAGUUCGAUGUAUUUUCAUGCCCGGGUAUCUCAGAGGGACUCUUACGGGAAGGAUAUCUUCAGGCUGUAUGUCAAUUUGGUUGUUUGAGAAUGGUUUUACCCCAGGGGCCUGGUUUUUGGAAGGGGGUACCACCCUGGGGUAUUUUGGGUAUCUCCCCCUUGGGUAUUUUGGAUAUCCCCCCGUCCCACACGCCUUCUUUAUUUAGGUUUUGUAUAAAAAAAAAAGAGAAAAAAAAAGGAAAAAAGAACUUUGAAAAUAAAUUUUUUGUUUUAUUA